CAACCUCAAAUCCUUUGUGGUUACUCAUCCUUCAACAUCAAAAAAAGCUUAUAAUUUCGUUGGAAAAACUGGCCCUUCAUCCGCCUCAGAAGGAAGGAUUAGCAAAUUCAACACGGCAGGCAUUGUAUCCAUUUGAGUGCAGACAGGCAAAACUCACAUAUUCAGGGAGAUUUUCAGCAAAUGUCUGUCUUCAAUAUGAGGGCGAUGCUGCUAUUGUUCAAGACAGUUUUAGUUUUGGGCAGUUUCCCAUAAUGCUAAAGUUUAAGCGAUGCAACUUGAGAGGUGCUUCUCCCCGGAAACUUGUGUCAUUGAAGGAAGAGGCAUCGGAAAUGGGCGGUUACUUCAUCGUGAAUGGCCUUGAGAGAUAUAUUCGACCUAUAAUUAUGCCAAAACGAAAUUAUCCAAUGAGUACGGUACGAAGUUCAUUUAGUGAAAAGCGGGAAGGAUAUGCUGAUAAAGCAGUUGUAAUAAGGUGUGUAAGAGCUGAUCAAACCUCAUUAACGGUAAAAUUAUAUUACCUUCAUAAUGGGAGUGCAAGGCUUGGUUUCUGGAUACAAGGAAGAGAGUACAUGCUUCCUGUGGGUAUUUUUUUGAAGGCCCUCAUUGACACCACUGACAGAGAAAUUUAUGUAAAUUUGACAAGCUGUUAUAAUGAAAAGUAUGAAAAAGAAAAGGAAAAGUAUGCAAUAACAGACAUGAGGAAGUUAGCCAAUAGGAUGCAAUUUGGAAUUCCUGAAGAGAGCUCUUUAGGGGACGGUCUUGGUGAGGGUUAUGGAAUGCUUGGUCAAGCUGGCAGUGGCAAGCUUCGUGUGUCAGCAGGUCAAAGCAAACUUGCUGCAAAAGUUGCUAAAAAAGUUAAGGAAAAGGAUUAUGGUAGCAGUGGUGCUACAUCUGGUUUAACCUCAAGUCUUGCAUUUACACCAGUACAGGGGAUCGAGCUGACAAAUCCACAGGCUCAUGCGCAUCAACUUGGUAGUGGAACUCAAAGCACCUACUUCUCUGAAACAGGAACCAUUUGAACAUCAAGCUACAAUGAAACCAGAAA